GCUUCAUCCACAGGAAAGCAAUGGGGCGGCAGGAAGCGACGGCGGCUGGGCAGCCCUGGGUUACUAACCCUGGCAGGCUAGCUGGAGAGCGGAGGCUCCGUUAGGCGUUGCAGCGGGUGUCGGGAAGGACAAGAAAUACUUUGUUAAGCUUCUCUAAGCAACUUACCGGUUCAAGAUAGGUGCUUAGGCGUUAAACUUCUCCUCAGGAGAUGCCGCUGUUGCUGUUGUUACUCGCUGGAGUAGCUGACGGCUAACUGAAACACGGAAGUUUCGAGCCCACAGGGAGCUUGUGCCUGGGUCUGGCAAACACUGCAGUUGGUGCUGAAAUGGAAUCUGAGAUCUUUGACAGAACCUUCCUUUUUAAUUUCUGUAGUAUAUGAAGAUGGAAUUUACAAUUAAGCACACAUGGGAUGGUUUACCUGUGAGCCAUCAGCCAGUAACAAUUGGACUGAAGCCGGAUAAUGCAGGACUGCUACUGGAAGUUAAUGCUCCCUUCUUUAAUGACCCUCCAGCACCACUUGGAAAACCAGGGAAACCUUUUAGUAAACUGUGGGACUAUGAGGUUGUAGAAGCAUUUUUCCUGAGUGACAGAACUGAACAGUAUUUAGAAGUUGAACUUUGUCCACAUGGACAGCAUUUGUUGUUGCUGCUUUCUGCUAGAAGAAGAGUAUGGAAAGAAGAACUUCCUUUAGAGUUUGUGGUGACCAGAAUGAAAACCAAAUGGGAGGGUAAAGCAUAUCUUCCUUGGAAUUAUUUUCCACCAGACACUAACAAAUUCAAUGCAUUUGCAAUUCAUGGCUCAGGAGAAGAAAGAAAAUAUGAAGCACUUCAUCCUGUGCCUCGGCAUGAGCUACAGGAAGGACAGAAACCAGAUUUCCAUCGCCUGGAAUUUUUUAGAGAUUUGAACCUGAAAGAACUAAUGGGAGAAGAUUGGAAGCAGCCUGAGUCAGAUAUAUGGAAGUCUCUCACUAAUUAAAUGGAUUGGGGCAUCAAGGUUGGAUGAAGCUGUAUGGAAACAACUUCAUAAUUCUGAGCAGUUUGUAAAUAGCAGAUUAGCAAGGCUUUCCUUGACACCAAAAGCAUUGAUCAAUUUUAAAAUCAGCUGUAAAGUCUCUGGGCCACUUUUUUUCUAUAGGUAUGAAGAAUGCAACGGCUUAUAUUACGAUUCAUCUGGGUAUGGUAUUUUUUGUCUUUGCAAGAGAUGAGUCUGCUUCUACCACCAAAGGAGAAAAAAUGUGCUAAAAUGACAGAUGUAUUUUUGUGAGAGCGCUAAGCCUGAGAAGGCCAAUAUCUGUCUUGGAAUCUUUCAGUUUCCUGUAGCUGCUGCUUUUCUGCUGUAUUUUCACUGCUGCUUGUUUGUUUUCUGGCUGUGGAAUGAGGUUUUUAUGUGCCUAAAUUGCAAUCAGAAGAAUGCUUCCUUCAAGAACAGAAAGGAGUAUAGCUGUCAUGGCAUUUUGUGGCCCAGUACUUGCAUUGCAAGAUGCUUUGGAGUUACAACACUUUCCUAUACCUGAAGUUUUCCCUUGCACAGCGCUGAAGGGAGGACUUAAUCUGCAUUUCUUUAUUAGCAGACCUCAUGGAGCUCUCCACUUCAAAUUCAGUGUGGAAUUUCUAGUCAUAUUUCUACUGAUAUUUAAGUACAGAGGAUAGAUUGACAAAAACAUCUAUCUGUUGCAGGAAUAAUGCUUUGAUAUAGUUUUAUGCCUACAAAAGCUUGUUUGUUCCAAGACCUUGUCACAUCACUUUAAGGAUUCAGCUCAGAUGUAUGAAAACUUUGUUUGCAUGCCACCUAGUCUUGGAAAUACUCUAAUUGUAUGUGCAUGAAUAUUUUUAACAGUGCUGAAUGCUGUUAGAUGGUAACAUCUAAUUCAUAAACUCUCACAGGAUUUACAAAUUAGAUGGUCCUUUUUUGUCUAGUAGAAUUAAGUUCUACUUAAUUGUGACUAUUGACUUGAUCCUGAAUAAAUUAAUUUAGAAAAUGGCAAGCUUGCCCACUAGCCAGAUUCUGUACUUCAAAAUUAGGUGACUUUAAAAUCAAAUUUCUUUGAUUUAGUUCAGAAUGAGGAUUCAGACCAAGACCUGGUCCUCAAUCCUUUACUUGGAAGAGGACAUCCUCCAUCCCGUUGAAAUGUCCUCAUAAUCGGAUAAAAGGUGACCAUGUGUCUGCUUUUGUGAGAAGUUAUGCCUUGAGGACGUGGCAUUGGAUUUCAUCCUUUGUGUAGCAUUUUCUACUGAACAAUUUAGAAUCCUACAAGUUCCUGGAAGGGACUGGUUUUCUUCUAGUCUAACAUCCUGCUCCAAACAGGACUAUUGUUAAAGCUAGGUGAGUUUGCUCAUGGCUUUGAGUAACUCCAAAGCUGCAGCUUCAGAUGCUUUUAGGUAGCCUGUUUCAAUACUUGACUAAUUCUGUUAAAAAAAACGUAUGUAAUUGCCAUUUCUCAUGCUGCAACUUCUGUCCAUUGGCUUUUGUCCUUUCUCUAUGUAUUUCCAAGAGUGACUUUUUCCUGUCACUACCAAUUAGGUAACCAAAGAUAACUUAUCUCCCUGUGGAUUUUUUUAAAUGUUGUCAUCCUCAGGUUGCCUUUUGUGACUCUUGUUAGUAAACACUUUCCACUCAGAUAAUACUGACAGAUAAAUUAAAAGUGUAACUUGGGUUUUAACUCAAGAGGCAGCAAUGCUGCUAGGUCUUGCUUGUUUAGCUCAUAAAUGGUUCUAAAAAUCUCCUGUGUAUCUUUAGAUAUCAAAAUGCCUGUGAAGUUUUGCACAAGACUGCACUCUCUAAGUUAUAUUUCUAAAGGAUUCUCUGUCCUCUUCUGAGCUUGUAUGCAUUAGCAUAAGCUAAUGGUCAUGUUCUCUUCGCUGGUUUUAAAUUUAACUCUGCCUACAAAUUCUGCCCAAGAAGCAAAGAAGUUGCGAAUAUUCUGCCUUUGUGAGAACAACGGUGUGAUUAAUAUCUUAGCCUAUUACUUCAGAGUUUUUGUUAGGCUUUAGAUUCCUUCUUUGUAUUUUUUUAUAGAACCGUGCUUUCAAAUUUAAGUAUAUAAGUUUUUUUCAUAUGCGGACCUUGGCAUGUCAGUGCACUCAGCCACCCAGUUGCUUUUGUCCUCUUUUAAUUAGACACUAUAGAUUCCUUGCUAUGAAGUGCCAUCUGUUGAAAAUUACAAGUAUUGUACAUUCAAUUGUUUGGCUUCUACCUUUAAUUCAUGUACAUUUUUCUGAAGAGUGAUAUCAGUCUGAACUAUUGAAUAAUCCAAUAUAUGUUGAUUAAAAACAUCUUCUAGAUAAUGACAUCUCAAAGAUGCUUUUGAAAUUUCAGUGGAAAUCAAAAACCCCUACCUUUUGCUGAUCUUUUAGGUUUCUUUUUAAACAUUUUAUCAAAGUGCUUGCAGAAGUUAAAAAUGAGUUUACUAUUUUACUCACAAAGGUUGUUUGUUUUGGUUGAUAUUUUGUAUG